AUGGCACUGCUAUUAUACAACUCCGGAAGGGCCUUUCUUUUACAUUGGGCGCAGACGGAGGACAAGGACGCACUGGAAAAAGCCCUUAUCGUAACGAGACAAUCAGUGGAGUGCACGCCAGAGGGUGACGAUGGUCUCGCGAAUAGACUCUGUAGCCUGGGGGCCUGCGCGUUUGCUAUGUUCAAACACACAAACCGAAUGGAAGAUCUUGACAAUGGGAUAGAUGCAUUCCGCAGGGCAGCACAAUUAGUGCCUAAUAACCAUCCCACCCAGUCAAGCUCUCGUGCUCUGCUAUAUCUUCAAGACAUCGAUGCAGUUCUCUCGGCGAGUCGUAAGACUGCGGCUACCGGGACUGACGAGAGUGGCCAUAACGCUUGGGCUUUAUACCAUCUAGGCAAUCAAUUGGACUUCAAAUACGUCAAUACAGGUAAUGUGGAAUGUCUUCACGAAGCAAUUCAAGCAUGUAGCAAGGCACUGGAUCUUCCGCACGAAGAUAAUGUCAUCCGUGCGAAAGUUUUCGCACUCCGCGGAAAAUGCCUUCGGGAAUCAUUUGAGCACACUGGGGAUGUAGCUGAGCUCGAAAGGGCUGUUGCGGAUUGCAAACUGGCAGCCAAGAUCAUGUCUGAGGACCACCAUGCACUUCCGGGGAUCCUACAGAGGCUGGCAUUUUCCUUCCAGGAGCAGUACCAACUGUCCGGAGAGAUGAUGUGUCUGCAGAAAGCAAUCAAGACAGCCCAUCGAUCGCUACGCCUUGCAUCUAUUUAUGGCCAUGCCAUGUCAAAAUUCUUGUCCACUCUAGGGGGCAUUCUUUUGCGCCGAUAUAGUGCCACGUUGAGGUUACGGGACUUGGAUGACGCCAUUCAUGCACUGUGUGAAUCAUUGAAAAACGAGGCCCAAAUGCCCAGGGUGGUCUCCGCAACUAAUAUGGAUAUUCUCGCAAGUUGUCUAGGUACCCGAUACCACCGAAGUGGAGAUCAAAGAGAUCUAGAAGGGGCAGAGUACGCGUCACGGCAGGCAGUCGAAGUCGCACCCGCCAACCAUGCCGGGCUGCCAGCAUACUUGGCCAAUUUGGGUAGCUACCUCAUGGAUCGCUUCCAAGCGACGAGGAAGCCUAACUAUCUUAAAGAAUCAAUGCAUACCUUCGCGCGUGCCCUCGACCAAGUACGAAGUCCUUUGCAUGCUCAAUUGUGCCUAGGCGUUAUGGCGGGCUGUAGACGCAUUGUGUAUAUGAUUACACAGAACGACGAGCACCUUGAAGCUGCUAUUAAAAUAUGCCGCAAGUCCAUCGCAGUGCUUUCGACUGAAUCUGACAUUAUUGCUAAUUCUCAGGACGAGCUCGCACUCCUUCAAUGUCAGAAUCCUGAUGACCAAGGUGAGGCACUGGGUUUGAGCUUACAAGUGUGGAACUCUCUCAGAGCCUCUCCCUUCGGACGUGUUAAGGCAGCAAGUAGUGCAAUCAAAAUUUAUAUUGAUCAAUCUAACCUUGAGAAAGCCUAUACACUUGUCAUAGCGGCAAUUAAUGUUAUCCCACUUGUUCACAAUCGGUCGCUCACCCUUCAAGAUCAGCAAGAAGUUGUGCAGGUCUUUUCCGGUCUGGCCACAGAUGCAUUUUCCUUGGCAUUGAGAACUAAACGGCCUCUCCUUGAAGCACUUGACUUAUUAGAACGCGGACGCGGUGUUAUUCUGAGUCUUCUGAUGAAUGACCGAAGUGACACGGUUAAGCGCAGGAAAACACAUCCAGCCAAAUACCGCUUUGGUAGUUUAAGCGUCGCUCAAGGAGGACCUGAAGCACCCGCGGAGAAUGUCCAAUUUAGCCCAGCCGUAGACUCUUCCGAGAAGAGAAUUACGGAAGAAGAGGUUAAGGCAGGCGCAGCGAGGGGUAGGAUUAUUAUUGUCAACAUCACUAGCGUGGGGAGUGACGCUUUAAUUCUAUCCUCGACCGGUCUCAAAGUAAUUCAUCUUCGAGGCCUCGACUCCGAUGAAGUCAGAGACUGGAUCAAAAAAGACAUGACAGCCACGUCAGGCAACCGCGGUGCGAAUAAUAAAGCCUACUUGCGCUUUCUUUCCUGGCUGUGGAGGGUGUGCAUCAAGCCUAUUCUCAAUGAGCUCGAAUAUAAAGUGCAUGAUUCUCCUGAAGAAAUGCCAAGGGCCUGGUGGAUUGGAACAGGGCUGGCCAGCUCAUUUCCGUUUCAUGCGGCAGGCAAUCACCUUACAGAACCAAACGAAAGCACGAAUUCUCGACCUCUGUCCGACCAGGAAAUUCACCGCCCAAAGCUCCUUACAGUGUCUAUGGCUACUACGCCCGGUGCUGAUGAUCUUGACGUUGGGAACUAUGUUCAUGCGGAAUGCCUCAGUCAACCUGAUGCUGACACAGUCAAAAGCCGACUCUCAGGUUGUCAUAUUGCCCACUUCGCUUGUCACGGGGUAUCAGAGCCAAGAGAUCCAUCUCAGAGCGGACUAUUAUUCCAGACCGUCGUCGGCAGUCUGUGUGAUAUUGACUGUUCGCAAGGCCAGAUAGCCUAUCUAUCCGCAUGCUCAACCGCCGAGAACCGAUCCAGAUGGCUUGUCGACGAGGUAUUGCAUGUUGUGAGCGGGUUUCAGGUUGCCGGAUUCCGAAAUGUGAUUGGGUGUCUGUGGCCUGCUGAUGAUACUGUUUGUGCAGAGAUUGCAAAGCCGUUUUAUUCUGAACUGUGUCGUGGUGGAAAGAUGGAGUGUAACGACGGUGCUGUUUCAUUGGCACUUCACAAGGCCGUCCUGAAGAUUUCAAGGAGUCCCCAGUACUGUAAGUGGCCUUUGCAUUGGGCACAGUAUGUUCAUUUUGGCACUUGA